AGACGGUGUCGCUCCAGGCUUAGUGCGGCCUGCGCCGAGGCGGACUGCGGAAAGGAUGGGCUUCGUGCUGCGCGCCCUCUGCCAGUGGCGGGGCCUUGCGGGGUCGCGGGGUGGGCUCCCCGUCACCUCUGACGCUACUGCCAGAUCGUUCCGACCAUGGCUGCCCCAGCUCAGAACUAUCGCUGUCCUCACUCAAGUCUCUACUGAUUCCUGUGGCAGCUUCCGUGAGGCACAGCAUAGGCCCUUGGCACCUUGGUGCUAUCAACAAGUCCGUUGUAAGGCCCGAGGCAACGAAUACCGGCCCAGUAACAUCAAACGGAAGCGGAAACAUGGUUGGAUUCGGAGGCUCAGCACCCCUGGUGGAGUCCAGGUCAUCUUGAGGCGCAUGCUGAAGGGUCGAAAGUCCUUGACCCACUGAGGCCUUGAGCAGGCUCUGUCAAGGAGCCAGAAUGAGCAGCACCUAGCGACCGCAUUAGCAAGAUGGAAUGGACAGGAACACCACCAAGACAAAGUUUGAGCUCCUGCAUACCUAUUGAUAUCAUGGGACUUUUUCAGCAAGAUCUUUGGGUUUAGAAGACUGAAGUUCUUUCUGUGAUGUCAGAGAGUUUACUAAGUGCAGAACUAUUAAAUCUGUUAAAUUAAACCCUG